GGCGGAGGGAGGUUUGAGGGAGUGACCUCAGGAGCUGGCGGAGAUUGACGGAAUUCGACGGAGAUUUCCGAAGCGCGGCCGGAUGUGGGCGGAGAUGGCCGAAGGCCCUCCGGAGGGUGACGGAAAUGUUCGAAGUUAACCGGAGGUUCCCGAAUGAGGACGGAAAGAGACGGAAUUUCCCGAAGUUCUGGCGGAAGUUAACGAAAGGGGUGACAUCACAGGGUGUGACUGUGGGCGUCGCCAUCGGCACUGAAGGGGACAGGUGACACGCAACUGUGCCGCCGUGUGACACAGUCUGAAGUACAACCCAAAGCCUCCGCCUGCUCCUUGAACACCGCCUGCGGCAGGACGGGGCCCCGUGACGUCACUACCAGCCCAGCCAAUGAGCAUCCAGGAGGCCCGGCCUGCUGUGACCCCUCCCCGAGGAUCCCCGGAGCAGCAACACCCAGUCCAUGAGGGCCCCGCGCAGAGGUGGCCGGCGCGGGGAUGGCUCCGGUCGUGGAGGUGUCGGACGCCGGGCACUGCCGGGCGCUGCUGCUGGAGCUGAACGAGCAGCGCCUGCGAGGACAAUUCUGCGACGUCACCAUCAUCGCCGAGGACACCAAAUUCCGCGCCCAUAAAAACGUCCUGGCCGCCUCCAGCCCCUUCUUCAAACGAGCGCUGGCCCAGGAGCCCACCAGCCCCUCACCCGCCCAGGUGUUGGAGCUGCCGGACGUCCAAGCCGGCGUUUUCUCCGACGUCCUCAACUUCAUCUACAACUCUCGCUUGGCCGUUCCGUCUCCGGCGGCCGCGCGGGCGUUGGGAGCCGUGGGCCGGCGCCUCGGCAUCCCCUCGCUGCAAGGGCUGGAAGCCGGACCCCCGCCGCGGGAUAUGAACGGCACCUGGACCCCCCCACCACCGGCGGGGCCGGCGGGGGAUCCCCGCCCUCCCGCGGCCCCCGUGGACCUCACCUGCCCGGCACGGCCCGGCGAGACGGCCACGGCGAGCGGCGAGACGGCGCCGACGGGCGGGGACACGGUGACGGCGUCUCCUUCUGCGGCGUCGCCGUCGUCGCCGUCGGCGUCGCUGCGUUGCGGGCUGUGCGGCCGCGGUUUCAGCUCGGCCGCCGCGCUGGGUUUCCACGCCAAACUGCACCGCGGGCGCCGCGGGUUGUGCUGCCGGCACUGCGGCAAGAGCUUCAUCCACGUCAAGCGCCUGCAGACGCACGAGGUCGGCUGUCGCGACGGGGAAGGCGACGCCGACGGCGACGCCGGCGCCGUCACCACAACCGCUGGCGUCGCCACCGCCGCCGCCGUCGCCGCCCCCUCCGCCGCUGCCGCCCCGGCGGAGGAGACCACGGCGGCGCCGAAAGCGGCCAAGAAGGCGCUGCUGCUUCGUCACCGCGCGCUGGAACCGGGCGCGGAGCAGGAACCGCUGGUCAAGGUGGUGGACGGGCAGGUGUUGUACCUGUGCGGCGUGUGCCAGCGCUCCUACAUGACUCUGUCCAGCCUGAAGCGCCACGCCAACGUCCACUCGUGGCGCCGCAAGUACCCGUGCCGCUACUGCGACAAAGUCUUCGCCUUGGCCGAGUACCGCACCAAACACGAGGUGUGGCACACCGGCGAGCGCCGCUACCAGUGCAUCUUCUGCUGGGACACCUUCGUCACCUACUACAACCUCAAGACGCACCAAAAAGCCUUUCACGGCAUCAGCCCGGGGCUCAUCGCCUCCGAGAAGACGCCCAACGGCGGCUACCGGCCCAAACUCAACGCGCUCAAGCUCUACCGCCUGCUGCCCAUGCGCUCGCACAAGCGGCCGUACAAAACCUACAGCCAAGGCGCGGUGCCCGACGGGGCGAUGCUGCCGCCGGCGACGCCGGGAGACGCCGCCGCGGCCGCCGCCUUCCCCCCGGCGCCGCGGCCGGAACCCGCUUCGGUCAUCGCCUACGGCCGCGCCGCGCCGUCGGUGAUCGUCCGCGGCGGCAGCGGCGCCGCCUCGGUCAUCGCCUACAACGGCCGCGCGGGCGAGGAACCGCCGGGGUUGCCCGAAGGUCCGGCGGCCGCGCCGGUGACGCCGGCGGUGCCCAUCAAGAAACAGGUGCUGCGCGAUUACAUCGAGGCGCAGCGCGCGGCGGCCGCCGCCGCCGAAGCCGCCGCCGCGGCCGCCGCGCCCCAAAACCCCUCCGGAGGCGGCAACGCCGGAGCCGGCACCGGAGGCGGCCGUACCAUGACCUACGUGGCCAAACCGGCGUACGCCGGCUCGGCGGCGGGAGAGGGGCUGUGCCAGAUCACCGUGCGGAUCGGCGAGGAGGCCAUCGUGAAACGCCGCAUCUCCGGCACCGAUCUCCGCGGCGACGGCGGCGGCGCCGAGGCGCGCCGCGGCGACGACGACAACGACAGCGACGCCGAGGACCGGCUCUGGCGGCCGUAUUACUCCUACAAGGCCAAAAGGAAGGCGAGCGGCGGCGCCGCCGCGCCCGGCGCGGUUACCGGCGCCAAAAAGCCGCGUUGGCGGCGCAAGCUUCGCUCGCUGCGGCGGGGGCCGGGCGACGACGGCGACGACGACGACGGCGGCGGCGGCGACGCGCGGCGGCGUCCGCGCCGCCGCGAGCGUCACCACCCGUGCCGGGUGUGCGGGAAGAGCUUCCCGGCUCUGCGCAAGCUGCGCAAACACCAGCGGGGACACGAGGCCGCGGCGACGCCGGGGACGUCGCCGGCGACGCCGUCGCCGCCGUCGGGCCGCGUGGGCCGGAGGCCGUCGCUGCGUUUCACCUGCCCCAGCUGCGCCAAGGUGUGCAAGACGGCGGCGGCGCUGAGCCGCCACGCUCAGCGGCACCGGCGGCGCUCGCCGGGGUCGCCGCGAGGGUCGGCGGAGGGGUCUGCGCCGGGGUCGCCGCGGGGGUCGCCGGCGCCGCCCACGGUCAUCGCCUACACCCCGCCGGCCGCUGGCAAGGAGGAGACCCCCGUGGAUAAAGGGGGGGUCCCGGCGUCCCCCGGCGUCGACGGCGACGACGCCGUCGGCGACGGCGACGCUUCCGGGGGGUUCCCGGUGCAGGAGCAGCCGCUGGCGUUGCUGCGUCGGGCUGGGGGAGGGGAUCCCGAGGACGGGGGUGGGGGGACACCAAGGGGCGAUCCCCGCGUCCCCCCGGCCCCCCCCGGGUUCCCCUUGUCCUUCGGCCCCCGUUUGGUGGCCGCUUACCCCUUCCCCUUUCCCCUCCCCCUCGCUCUCGUCCUCCCCGACCCCGAGCCACGGCCCCCCCCAAUUUUGGGUUCGCUGGAGGGGGAGGGGAGCGGCCGAGGAAAGCGGGGGGGGGCACCUGAAGGGUGGGAGGGGGCCCCAAAGCGUUUUGCACCCCCAAAGGGGCCCCUCCCCCACUACAGGGACCCCUCCCCCCCACCAAGAGUCGGGGGGCCCCCCCCCCCUCCCCCUCCCCACCUCCCCCCUUCGGCACCUUAUCGGCAUCGCAGCGACAUUCCAGCAGCCCGGACCCCGGGGGGAGGGGCGAGUGUGCAAGGGGGGCCCCUGGUGCAGUUGUGA